UAUUGAUUCAUUUGAAGUACGCGACCAAUUUGUGACCAGAGGUGAAGAUAUAUAUAUAGUUGUCGAGCACUUGCAUUGUUGAUCUAGAAAAAGUAAAGCCGUGCUAGUUCCAUAGACUAUAUUAUUGUAUCGUUCAACGGACGUGCUACAAAACAUUUUACCGUUAAGAAGUUGACACACCAUUGAACUUAAUAGUGUGGAUAUCAAGCUAGACUCUUAACUGGGAUAAUUGAGGUGCAUUGUCGUUUAAUAUAGGAGUGUACGGAUAUUCUCUAAGAAAUGAACAUGAACAAGUUCCAACAAACUCCUGUUCAAGGACAGGCUAACAUACAAGCACAACAGAUUCUCUUGCAACAGUUGCAACAGGGCCAGUCCCAGCAACUGCAGCAACAUGUCCAGCAGCCUUCGCAACCACAGGCCGCCGGAGGGAUCAAUAAUGGCCAAUUUGGACAAGAUGUGUAUGCCGAAAAUGGGUACCUGAGUAACUAUCAAAGACCACUUCAAAGUCAAAUUCCAGGACAGGUUCAACAACAGCAACAACAACAGUUCUUUCCUCAACAAUUUCUGCAACAACAGCAGCAACAACAGCAGCCACAACAGCCACAACAAUCCUACCAACAAGCACCCCCACAACAAUUUACUCAAUCUCAAUCGCAGAUACCACGUCAACAGCUCCCAUUCUUGCAGCAACAACAACAGCAACAGCAACAGCAACAGCAGCAACUGUCUCAACAGUCCCAGCAACAACAACAGUUCUUCAACCAACAAGUUGCUUCUGCGAUGCAACAACAGCAGCAACAACAGCAACAACAACAACAGCAACAACAACAACUGUUACAACAACAUAAGCUCUAUUCAAUUAACAUCGAGAACACAAACUCUAUAUACUGGCAACAUCAACAACAACUUUGUCAAUUGUCUAGAAAUGCAAACAUUCCACAUUACUAUGCAAGACAUUAUGCUGCCAACUCUAGAAAGAGUAAGAACCCAUACAGUGAAGUUAAGUCAGUGAACUUGAUUGAUGCUACUAAGGCCAUUGUCACUGCGUUGGAGGAACAAGAGAGAUCUACUAAGAAACUUCCAACCACCCCAACCAACAGUGCCUUGUUGCACAACAAGAAAUUGGCUCAAGGAUUGGAUGAUGAACAUAUGCAAGAAGAACAAAGAAUGAGACAAAAGACUCAAGGUAGACAAUUAUGGUGUCAACUUGAUUUAGGGGGACAAGGUUUGGCUAAUCUUUCACCUAAACUUUUCCAAUAUGAUUUCUUAGAAUCAUUAUAUUUGAAUAAUAACAAGUUGACAUCUGUUCCUAAGAUAGUGAGUAAGUUAAGAGGGUUGAGAACUUUGGACUUGUCUCACAAUAGAAUUGGAGAAGUCCCACCUGAAUUAGGGAUGUGUUUCAAUUUAAGAUAUCUUUAUUUGUUUGAUAACAAUAUCAAGACACUUCCUAAUGAAUUUGGGAACUUGAUUGAAUUACUCUUUCUUGGAAUUGAAGGUAAUCCAAUCGACCUUAAGAUUGCCAAUUUGAUUGCUGAAAAGGGUACUAAAGAACUCAUUGCAUACUUGAGAGAUCUCAGACCUACAUUUGGUAAGCCACCACCAAGAAACUGGCUUUUAUUAGAAGAUGAUGGGGAAGUAAUUGAUCCAGUGGUGAACCCAGAUGCCUACACGAAUGAUACGAACAAAUCUGAUGCUAAUGAUACUUUUACGAUGACCUCCUACAACACAUUAUGUCAACAUUAUGCCACUACCAGUAUGUAUAAAUACACUCCACUGUGGGCAUUGGAAUGGGAUUUCAGAAGAUCUGCCUUACAAGAAGAAAUUUUGGCCCAAAACAGUGACAUUGUUUGUAUGCAAGAAGUUGAGACCAGAACUUAUCAUGAAUUCUGGACUCCAAUCAUGCAAGAAUUUGGUUAUAAGGGUGUUUUCUUUUGUAAGACUAGAUCGAAAACCAUGGGGGAAGCAGAUGCUAAGAAGGUUGAUGGUUGUGCCACUUUUUAUAAAACAGAUAAAUUUACCCUUCUUCUGAAGCAAAACUUUGAAUACAACAGUGUUUGUAUGGGAUCAGAAAAGUAUAAAAAGACCAAAGAUUUGUUCAAUAGAUUUAUGAAUAAGGAUAAUAUUGCCUUGAUUACCUUUUUACAACACAUUCAUACUGGGGAAAAGAUCACCAUUGCAAACACUCAUUUACAUUGGGAUCCUUUGUUCAAUGAUGUGAAGGCACUUCAAGUUGGUAUUUUAUUGGAAGAAUUGAACGGAAUCAUGAAGAAAAACCAUCAUACUAGUAGUAAUGAAGUUAAGAACUCAUCUCUCGUUAUCUGUGGUGAUUUCAACUCGGUCAAGGAUAGUGCAGUUUAUCAAUUGUUCUCCACUGGCAGUGUUUCAAAGCAUGAUGACCUUGAAGGUCGUGAUUACGGCCGGUUUACAGAUGAAGGGUUCCGUCAUGUUUUCAAGUUGAAAUCAGCAUAUGAAAACCUUGGUGAACUCCCAUUCACCAACUUAUCACCAACUUUUACUGAUGUUAUUGACUAUAUCUGGUACUCUACCCCAACCUUGCAAGUCAAGGGAUUGUUGGGCAAGAUCGACGAGGAUUAUUCCAGCCGUUGUAUUGGAUUCCCGAACGCACAUUUCCCAUCGGAUCAUAUUCCACUUGUAACCAAGUUUCAAAUUAAGAAAAGUUCCGGUUCGAAGAAGGCUGAUUUUAAGCCUGAUUUCAAGUCUGGCUCGUCACGUAAAACCUAAUUGGAGCGAUCAUGAGCCAUUCUCCUAUAAUUUUCCACUGUACAUUACUUGUUAUAUACUGUUGUUGCACAACUGCCAUAUAUUAGACGGUUGGCCUACCCCAUAUCUACCUUUUAUUUAGCG